AUGUCUCUUUCUCGUUUCUUUAACGACCCCUUCUUCUCGCUCUCGGACUUCGACCGUCGUUUCGACGAUGCGUUCGCGCGUCGCGCGAAUGGCGACAACCAAGUGGGCCAACAGCGAACCUUGCAGACCCUCAUCCCGAGGAUGGACGUCCACGAGGACGAGAAGGUCAACCAAAUUACCGCGUCGUUCGAGCUGCCCGGCCUAAAGAAGGAAGACGUCACCAUCGACGUGCACGACAACGUGCUCACCGUAUCUGGCGAGUCGAAGGUGUCGAGCGAGCGCGAUGAGGACGGCUACGCCCAUGAGGAUAUCAAGGCAAAGAUGGAGAAUGGCGUCUUGACGGUCGCCUUCCCGAGGAGCACCCCGGAGCAGGCCCCGAAGAAGAUUGCCAUUGCUUGA